AUGGAAUUUAUCAAGAUUCCUACUACUACAGACUGGAAAAUAAUUGAAAAUGGUUUUCGAAAACAGUGGGACUUUCCAGGGUGCUGUGGAGCAAUCGAUGGCAAACACAUCGUCAUUAAAGCACCCCCUGAAUCAGGAAGUUUAUACUAUAAUUACAAAGAAACAAACAGCAUUGUCUUAAUGGCUGUUUUAGAUCAUAAAUAUUGUUUUAGUUAUAUAGACGUUGGGUGUAAUGGAAGGGUUUCUGACGGAGGCGUAUUUCGUAACUGUGGUUUGUACCAAGAAUUAGAAAACGGUAUUCUAUCAGAGGGUUAUGUCCUAGUUGGUGACAAUGCAUUUCCCUUAAAAGGAUAUUUAUUAAAACCUUUUCCAGGAAACCGAUUAACGUUACAGCAGAAAAUUUUUAACUAUCGUUUGUCUCGGGCUAGAAGAAUAGUAGAAAAUGCUUUCGGUAUACUAGCUGCCAGAUUUAGAGUGUUUGAAAAACCGAUGCCCUAUAGUCCUGAGAAAGUUGUUAAGAUAGUAAAGACCUGUUACGCUUUACAUAAUUGGCUCAGACAAACAAAAUUACAGAAUAAACUGUAUGAAUACACAGUAGACACAGAAAAUUAUGAAGCAAGAACUAUCGUUCCUGAUUCCGAAGAAGAAUAUGAAAACGAUGAAGGCAAAGAGGAAGACCAAAACGAAGAAGACGCGAAUGAAGUUGUUAAUUCAGAUGAAGCUGCUGAUGAGAAUGACAAAGUCAUGGAUGAAAAUUUAUUGAAGGAAGGUAAAAAAUUUGAUUCUUUUGAAAAGUUAGAGAAGAAAGUAAAAGAUUUCGAAGAAAAAGAGUACGCGUUUUUUUAUCAUCGAGAUGCUAUAAAAAUUGAACGAUGUCGCACAAAAGGAAUCAAGAGGCAUGUUGAAGCGUCCCUGAUAUAUUACAGCAUCAAAUACUAUUGUAUUCAUGGAGGGAAAAUUUUUAUAUCUACGUCGAAAGGAGCAAGAAAAGCGUUCUCGUUUCAGAAAAAAUGUCCAGCAGCUUUCAGCGUCGGAGUGGAUGAUACUGGCCACUAUCUUGUCAUCAAAUCAAUUAAUAUGAAUCACAAUCACGAUAGAAGUAAAAAUCUUUUUCGACACUAUCCACGGAGCAGAAGAUUAACUAAGGAGCAAAAGGAAAAAAUUGCGGAGUUAUUAGAUCUCGAAGCUAACCGAGUGAAGGUUAAAGAUAUGAUGGAAAGUCAAACUGAUAAAAUAAUAUUGCUAAAAGACCUUGCUAACUGCAAAUUAAAAAAAAAUAAACAAAAUUUGUUAAUUCCCACCCUUCAGAAGCUAGAAAAUAAAUUUAAAGCACAAUGGUUAUUGUAUGAAAAAGAAAAUACGUUUGCUGGGCUGUUUUUUGCAACAGAAUCCAUGAAGUCAACGAUGGAUUCAUAUCCUGAGUUUAUGGGAAUCGAUGCUACCUUCAAACUUUUAAAUAUUCGCGCUCCAGUCUAUUUAAUGGUGGUUGAGGAUCCAAACGGUUGUUCUGAAGUCGCUGGAGUUUGCAUUUUUGUCUCUGAAGAUAGGGAAUCAAUUAACUGGAUGAUGAAUUCCUUCAAAACAGCUCACCCUAAAUGGGACCAAAUAAAAUGUGUAAUGACGGAUAAAGACAUCAAUGAAAGAGUUGCCAUUAGAGAAGCUCUGCCAUCAGCAAACCUUAUUAUUUGUGCCUUUCACACUCUCAGAAUAUUCAAUCAAGAAAUUACAACCGAUAAAAGAAAUAUCACACGCGAUCAAAUGGAUGCAGCAAAAUCAAUUCUUCAGAAAAUGUUUUUUUCUGAAACAGAAGAAGAAUAUGAUUUAUUAUAUGAAGAGUUGAAAGAAAUGCCACAAUCUGUCGUUGAUUACUUUAAUGAGAACUGGCAUUCUAUUAGAAAUGAAUGGUCACUAAAUAAUACCUUCAUGCAUGGUAAUUUUCUAAAUAAUACAAAUAACAGACUAGAGUCACUUAACAACAAAAUUAGACAGGCAUGCAACUAUAAUAACUCCUUGGAAGAGUUUGUCGAAAAAUUGAUUACGUUUUUCUGCUGUCGGAACUCCGAACGGGACCACAAAGCAGCUUAUGCGUACCAGAAAAAGGAACUGAUAACGUUUGAAGAAAGUUCCCCAUUAAAACAAUAUCAUGACUUUCUGACACCUUAUGCAUUUAAAUUCGUGCAAGAAGAAAUAAAGAAAUUCGUCAAUGUUGAUGUUGAUACGCCAGAAUCACAAGAAUUAAUUAUCAGUUAUGAUGGUUUAAGUCGAAUUGAAACAUCUGCUGAUUCAUGUGAUUAUACAAAAUUUAGAAGCAUGACUUUACCUUGCAGCAACCGAGUCGCGCGACGUGUGGGCGUGGCCUGCCGGCGACUUGCGUCGCGCGACUCGGUCGCUCACAAGGCAGUGCCGUGGCGCGACAGAUGCAAAAUGGCCGUGUUUUCUUCGCACGAAGACGAAAUUUUAAUAGAAUUAGUCAGUAAAAACGCACCUUUAUUCGAUACGAGGCUUCAAGCUUAUAAAGAUAAUACUGUGAGAGACAAUAUUUGGGAAGAAAUUGGAAAAGCGUUGAAUAAAACAAGUAAUGAUUGCAAGAAGAGGUGGAAAUAUAUAAGAGAUUCCUAUAAUAGAUGCAAACGUAAGAACAAAUUGCCCACGGGUUCUUCAGCCUCUUUAAAAACAACAAAAUGGAUGCUGUAUGAGAGACUUCGUUUUUUAGAAAAAAUUCCCACAGAAAGAGCGAGUGUAGCAACAGUUGAAGCUGAAAAUACUGAAGGUAGCGAAAGUGGUGAAGAAACAAGUACAACAGGGAUAAGUAAACAAAGAAGACGUAGUGAAGAGAUAAGUGGUGAAGAAAGAAGCAAUGAAGAGGUAAAAAGAGCAGGAAUAAGUGCAGCUGGUACAAGUGGAACAAAACGUAAUGCAGAGAGAAGUGGAGUAACGAGCAAUGAAGAGGCAAGCGGACCAGAAUAUGAAUUGAGAAGUAUUAAUAAAAGUUCAAGUCUCAGCAGCGCUUCCUACAGCCCACAUUCAAAUGAAAACUAUUCAAUUUCGAAUAUUACACAUAGUUCAGCAUCAAACCUGAGCCCAUAUUCCCCUAUCAGCAGUAUUGCGUCUCCACCUGCCCAACCAACUGAUUUAAGCAUCCCAUUACUGAAUCAGGUUGCUCACGAUGCAAAUAAUCAUCUCCAAUUAGAAGAAUCUACAGAAUAUGAUAACAAUUAUUUUUUUACCUCAAUGCAUAUAUUUGCUAUUAGAAAACUGAAAAAUAUUGAUCUUUACGAAGAAAAGAUUUGCUUGGAACGUUGGACAAAAAAAUAUUACUUUAAAACUCAAAGAGUUUUUAAAAAAAAAGAUGUUCAAGCUGAGAUACCAGAAUGUAUUAUUUCAUCCCAUCAAUAUCAAAAAAAAAUUCUUUCUCAGCACGAAAAGUUUAAGAAGGCUUCACUUUUAAUAAAAGAUCUUCCAGGCUUAGUUGCAGAAAAAAGUAACGUUUUGUACGUACAACGGAUGAAAAAUUUGAGUGAUGUACUCGAUGCGUAUCGAAAUGGUGAAGAGAUAAUGAUUGUUCGAGUUAAAAAAAGGAAAAAAUCACCAUCUCCUGGGCCUUCUACAUCAUUAUCAAAUGUAUCAAAUAGCGUUAAUGUUGAUAAAAAAAUUAAAAUAUUGGAGAAUAUAAUUGUCCAACCGGCUAUGAGACAACGAGGACGACGGAAAGGAGCAACGCAAACAGCGAUUGGUUUACCAAAGAAGAAAAAAUCAAUUCAACCGUUUGUCAAGAAAACACUAUAUGAUAAAUUGUCAAUCAUGCUAAAUUGGUUUGUAAAUAAUGAAACUGAC